GUGUGUGAAUGUGUGCGAGGCGGCCGUGUCGGCGUGGGUCUCGUUCCCCCGUCGCAGGACUCGCAAAGACGUGCCUCUCGCUGACGGGGGAGGCUGCGCCGCGAGGCAUCCCCGGCGCAGAGGGAGUCGCCUCUCCGAUCUGUUCUGCUCCAGCCUCUCUGGAUUCUCCGUAAAGGGGCGAAUAAUAAAAAAAUAAUGAUAACGAUAAUAUGCUGAUUUUGGACACCGAAGCGAAAUAACUUUGCCCUUCCCGCGAAACCAGUGCUCGCCUCUUCGAAAAGGAAGGAGGAAAGUUGCAGUGUUUUUUUUCAUCCCUUCCUCGCUUCCCAAUGAAUCUGAAUCGCCGGCGGAGAAGAAACCUGAAGAGGUAAAAAAAAAAAAGUGCCUUGGCUUCGUUGGGCUGAAGAUGCUCCUCGCUGCUUGUGGAUGCUGAACCCGAGAUCGGCCUGGAAGAUGUUUCUCUUUGGGAUUACACGUGGCGAAAGGCGGUCACUCCGAGGGAGAGCUGGCUGGUGGUGAGACUCACCUGACCCGCCCUGCCCUCCUUGUUUUGUAUUUCUUUGGGGUUUUUUCCUGCUCUGGGGGACGCAGUGGCUUCAAUGGCUCCAUCUCCCAGGAGAAGCAGCAGGAAAGAUGCCAAUUCUUUGCCAAGCGCGUCCUCAACUUUCUGGGCAAUUAUGAUCUUGGUUGGCCUUCUCAUCGCCUACUGCAGUCAAUUGGCUGCAGGUACAUGUGAGAUUGUUACGUUGGACAGAGAUAGCAGUCAGCCCCGAAGGACUAUAGCCCGACAAACAGCUCGUUGUGCAUGUAAAAAAGGACAGAUUGCCGGUACAACGAGAGCAAGGCCAGCCUGCGUCGAUGCACGCAUUAUAAAAACAAAACAGUGGUGUGAAAUGCUUCCAUGUUUAGAAGGAGAAGGCUGUGAUUUGCUAAUCAAUAGAUCAGGCUGGACCUGUACGCAACCAGGUGGCAGAAUAAAGACAACUACGGUCUCCUGACGAAUGCAGCAACGGAGAAGCCUUGUAGGAGUUUUUAAGCUCUGUGUGGGCUACAUUCCCUAGUCAAGUAUCACGGCUGUGGAUCAUCCAUUAUAUGUCAUCAACUCAACUGUCUGUUUCUCUGUAUUUCAUCUCAAAGACUGCAUAAUUCUACGUUAUGAGCUAAAGUCUGUUCUACCAUACUAAAGAGCACUGGACUAAGGAAGAGAGAGAGAGAGAAAUGCUUGGGCAUUAGCAAUACGAAAACAAAACAAAACACCGGUUCACAGUUAACGUCUCAUCUGCGUUUUGCGCCACUGCUGAACUUGAUCUGUGGCCGUGUUUCGACGGGAAGAGUCAGCUACGUUGGAGAGUAUUCAUCCCAAUCAGCCUUAGAGAAGACUGUUUUGUCUACGGGGGGACACUAAGGUGCAGAAGGCAAUUUCUUCUUGUGCCCUAGACUGCCUAAUUGCUUUUAUUUUCUUAUGUUUCAGUAUAUACAAUAGACCAAAGAGCAAAAAUCUAUUUUAAAGUGGACACGAUGUUACUGUCAACAAGGUUAUUUGGGUUCAGUACUAUGGGGACCACCUUGCACGAAUUCCACUCGCCCAGUGCUGCAAUAUUGCCGUCCAGCAAAAGUCCUUAUGGAACACUGCAGAAAAGGAGGCUGGAACUGCUCUUGGGGAAAGGCACACGGGAAAACGCAAGGGAACAAGGAGGGGAAACGGCCGUUCUUCAACAAGAAAACAGAACUUUGAUCGAAAACAACACAAACUGUCUACGCACCACCUUUACUCCUCUGUGCUUAGAUUGACUUCUCGUACUAAAAAACCAUUUUGAGUUUAACCAGUUCAACAUGCCUCUUCUAUGGUUCCAUUUUUUGAUCGUUAAAAGUUGGAUAAUACAGUAUUUGCAAAGAGCAUGUUUGGUCAUUUGUGGCCUAUGUCUCAUCCGAUACACCAUUUAGCACCGGAAAGCAAAA